CGACCGGGGUACCCGUAGGCGAGAAGGCUGGACCUGCGCGCUCACAGGGAAAGAAGAAAAAGGUGAGGCGAUCCCAGAAGAAGAAGGCGACCAAGCCUAAUUGGGAAAGCCAGGAUGGAAGAUGCGCUGUCCAGAUUGGACAAGGAAGACGAGUCGUCCUCUUUUGAGUGGGCGUCAGCCUUUGAUCGCUUGGGAGACCCCAAGGCAAAGAAGCCCCGAACCUCCGCAUUCGAUCGGGUGCAAGUCACGCGGUCGGCCCGCAAGGGCGACCUGAGGGAGACGCUCAAGGAGAGGAGGGGAGAAUCCACUGCGACCUCCAAGAUUGGCUCGGAGGAGCGACGAAAGGCGGUCAAGGACAAGGAAGCAGUUGAGUUGUGGAGGAUGUAUGAGCGAUUGGAGAAGCGGCUGGACGCCCAGAACCCCUAUCGCCAGGCAGUCUUUAGUGAGGUAACGCCCUUCUCCGGGAGGAUAAUGUUCUGCCCUCUCCCGGACAACAUUAAAACCCCACAGGUCAAAGCGCACAAUGGGACGACCGAUACUCAGGAUCACCUUACUCGCUUUGGGGCGAACGUGGUCAUGUAUGCCUACCCUGAAGAGAUUAAGUGUCGGUGCUUCUUGGCAACACUGGAAGGGCAAGCUUGUGAGUGGUUCCAUAAGCUGCCCAAGGGAUCGAUAGACAAGUGGAGCGAUCUGGCCCACAAGUUCUUGGAGCACUUCGCGUCCAGCCGGAGGCAAAAACUCCCCUUCUCGCAUUUGCUUAAUGUGAAAAUCCGGAAGGGGGAGCAACUCCUAGAAUUCAUCAAUAGGUGGGAAAAGGAGGCUAGGGACGUCCAAGGGGCGGACGACCAUGCCCUGAUCGCUAUGCUCCAAGCGGCACUUCCCCAAGGGGAUGUGCGCAAGGAGCUGCGACGGAAUCCGCUCUCGACCUAUCAGGAGAUGUUGGCCAGAGCAAAGUACCUGGCGUUGGAAGAAGAAGAAGAUGAGCCACCUGUCCGGAAGGAAAAGAAAAGUGGACCGCCGGUGGCAGAAGGAAAGAAGAGGAAAGACUACGACGCACCUAAAUAUUGUGAGUACCACCGUAACAGCACCCAAAACACGUCGGAGUGUGUUACGUUAAAGAAGGAAAUGGAACAAUUGAUCGCCAGAGGGCCGCCUCCUCGGCCGGAGCGACCAUCGUCAGGUAAUCGGACCUCGAGGAGACCAGCAGCCCCCACCGCAGCGGUCACAGCAGGGGAAGGGCAGGAGGACGAACGACGUCAUCUGGGGAGAGAUAGUGACGACCUGGAUGAGGAAGAGCGGCAGGGCCGCCAACACCUAGGGUGUCGGUUCAUUAUGGGAGGCAAUACCGGUGGGGACUCAGCGUCCUCACGGAGGAAAUGGAAGAAUAUGGUGCAUCUGGCCGAGGUGCAAAGACCACCGCUACUCAAGCGGAAGAGGAAGGAGCCACUAGUCUUCACGGAUGAAGACUAUCCACCGGUUCUUAGCCCCCAUAGGGACGCGCUGGUGAUAAGGGUGGAAAUCAAUAAUGUGGUCGUCCAUCGUACAUUGGUCGAUACUGGCAAUUCGGUCAACAUUAUGUACAGCAACACUUUUAGAGAGCUUGGGUUGUCCCGGAGCGACCUGAAGCCGAUCCGUACACCGCUGUCAGGGUUUACGGCAGACACUAUUGAAGCAGAAGGGACCGUCACGGUGAAGGCUGGGGUAGGAGACGGCACCCACCGACUCUGGCUCGACAUGGAAUUCAUGGUAGUGCAGCUCGAUUGCACACACCAUUUGAUUCUGGGGCGACCAGGGUUGGAGGACCUGGAGUGCGUAAUCUCCCCCGUCCAUCUAUGCCUGAAGUUCAGCACCCCCACGGGGGUGGGGGUGGCUAAGGGGAAUCAAAGCUUGUCUCGAUCGUGCUAUGUCGGGGAAACCAAGAGCCAAGCACGGGUCGCUGAGAAUGUGAGCACGACCUGUGCUGCAAUCCAGAAGGAAGAGGGGCGACCUCGAGCCAAACCAGCGGAGGAAGUUGAAGAAGUCAUCUUGGAUCCGGCCAAGCCAGAGCAGAAGGUAAAGGUAGGUAAAACCUUACCACAUAGAUUAAAGGAGCAACUGUUGGAGGUCCUUCAAGCGUUCAAGGUGCUAUUCGCUUGGGGCCCAGAGGACAUGCCCGGGGUCGACCCGAAGAUCAUCUGCCAUAGGUUGGCAGUGGACCCGACCCACAAGCCAAUUAAGCAGAAGAAGCGUUUUCUUUCCUCAGAAAGGAGAGAGUUUGUCACCAAGCAGGUGACAACCCUGCAGUCCAUUGGACACAUCCGGAAGGUCUCAAACAACGAGGCUGAAUAUGAGGCACUGCUCUGCGGUUUGAGGCUGGCAGCGUCGUUAAAGGCUGAACGGAUCCAGGUCUGGUGUGAUUCCAAGCUGAUAGUAAGCCAUGUCACGGGAGAGUUUGAAGCCAAGGAUGAGCGAAUGAAGAGGUACAGAGACACUACUCUCGAAUUACUUAAGGCGUUCGGGGCAUACCGGAUGGAGCAGGUCCCUCGAGAAGAAAAUGCCAAGGCGGACAUCCUGUCAAAACUUGGUCCGGACUCCCCAGAUCAUAUCAGAGCGAUGACCCAGGAAGAAGAAUUGCUCGAGCCAAGCAUCAGUCCCGGACAGAAGCUGAUGGAGGAGAUCUACGAAGGGAUAUGCUCAGCUCACCAAGGAGCCUUCACGAUGUCCAGGAAGAUAACCUUGCAGGGGUAUUUCUGGCCUACGAUCAUCAGGGAUUGCGCAGAGUACGUACGUAAGUGCAAGGUCUGCGAGGAGUUUCAGAAGGUACCAGGUCGACCAGCGACGAAUUACACCCCGAUCAGCACUGUAAUUCCCUUCGCUCGGUGGGGUAUUGACCUAGUCGGCAUCCUGCCCAGAGGAGCACGGAACAAUGUGUACCUGGUGGUCGCGAUCGACUACUUAACCAAGUGGGUCGAGGCUGCCCCAGUACCGACCAUCACUGAAGAGCAAAUGAGGAAAUUUGUGUCCAAGCAAAUUUUGUGCCGCUUUGGGACCAAUGGGCGGGUCGAGAACACUAACCGUACCAUUGUGGAUGGCCUGAAAAAGAAGAUAAUGGAGUGUAAAAGCGCCUGGGUGGAGGAGUUGCCAUACAUAUUGUGGACCUACAGAAUUACUCCAAGGAAAGCUACGGGUGAAACUCCGUUCGCGCUCACAUAUGGGUUUGAGGCAAGGGCCCCGGCGGAGACCUCAUUGCUGAGUUAUGGGGUGGAGACAUUUGACGCCCAGGAAAAUGAAGAGAACCUAAGGGCGGAGAUGCAUCUCAUAGAUGAGCGAAGAGAAAGGGCAUACAUACGAGCAGAGAAUUACCAUCGGCAAGUUAAGUCGUAGCAUGACCAAAGGAUGCGACCGAGGCAGUUCGGAAUAGGCGACUGGGUCCUAAGAAGAAGGGAGGUCAGCCGGCCGACCGACGGAGGGAAGUUUGCCAAGAGUUUUGAAGGGCCGUACAUCAUAAAGGAAAUGUUGGCCG